UUCGUCUGUGCCCCGGGGCGGGGUGAGCCGGGCCGGGCUCUGGGGCGGUGCGGGCGGAUCCCCGGGCCCGGCCCCUCCGACCCGCCGUAUUCCGGGGACUGCGGGGCCGCAGGGUUUCCCGAGGAGCGCUGGGCUGGCACAGCCCGGUCAUGUCACCCCCCGGCCCGCCAGACGGCGGCUGGGGCUGGGCCGUGGUCUUCGGGGCUUUUGUUUCUAUCGGCUUCGCCUACGCCUUCCCCAAAGGCCUGGCCAUCUUCUUCAAAGAAAUCCAGGAUUUCUUUGGCACGUCCUAUAGCGAGAUCGCGUGGGUCUCCUCCAUCAUGCUGGCCACGACUUACGGUGCAGGUCCCAUUAGCAGUAUUUUAGUAAACCGCUAUGGCAGCCGACCCGUGGUUAUAUUUGGAGGCCUGCUCUGUGGCAUUGGGAUGGUGUCAGCAGCCUUCUGCACCAGCAUCCUGCAGCUCUACAUCUGUGUGGGCUUCAUCACAGGAUUUGGCCUUGCUCUCAACCUCCAGCCCUCAGUGAUAAUCAUAGGGAAAUACUUUUUAAAGAGAAGACCCAUUGCAAACGGCCUUGCUAUGGCAGGGAGCCCUGUGAUGCUGUGCACUCUGGCUCCCCUCAACCAGUUCCUUUUUGACAAUUUUGGUUGGAGGGGCAGCUUUUUAAUUCUUGGGGCAAUUUUAUUACACUGCUGUGUGGCAGGAGCCCUCUUCAGACCCAUUGGGGCAGCCCCAGCAUCAGUCAAAACCCAGGCAGUUGAGGAAGGGAAGGAUGCUCUGAAAAAAGAGGUCAGUAAGGAUGCCAUGGGAAUGACUAGUCCCAUGGAGACCAAAACAGAAGAGGAAGGAGGAAAAGACUGCUGUGAAAAAAUCAAUCAGUACCUCGAUUUUUCCCUCUUUAAGCACAGAGGGUUCUUGAUUUACCUGAUUGGAAAUGUGCUUAUGUUCCUGGGAUUUUUUGCCCCCAUUGUUUUUCUGGCACCCUACGCAAAGCACAUUGGCAUUGAUGAAUACUCAGCUGCUUUCCUCCUUUCCAUCCUUGCCAUCGUGGAUAUGAUUGCCCGACCUACCACUGGCAUCAUUGCAAACAGCAAGUGGGUGAGGCCAUGGAUUCAAUACUUUUUCAGCUUCUCCAUCACUUUCAAUGGUGCCUGCCACCUCCUGUGCCCACUGGCUUCUGGCUACACGGGGCUCGUUGUUUACUCCAUCUUUUUUGGCUUGGCCUUUGGCAUGGUUUGUGCCAUGCUCUUUGAAACCCUCAUGGACCUUGUGGGAGCUGCCCGGUUCACAAGCGCUGUUGGCCUGGUCACCAUUGCGGAGUGUUGCACCAUAUUACUGGGACCACCUAUAGGAGGAACUCUUAUUGAUACCUUUGGGGACUAUAAAUACAUGUUCAUUAAAUGUGGAGCUGUGAUGGUCCUGGCGGGAACCUUCCUGUUCAUCAUGAAUUAUUAUAAUUAUCGGAUGCUUGCCAAGGAGGAGAAGGAAAGAAAGGCAAAAGAAGAGGACCCAAAAUUUGUAAGGACAGAAAAUGAAGGCAGAAAUAACUGGAACAAAGAAACUGUACAGGAUGGGCCUGAGCUGGAACCUUUGAGAGAGGAACAAGAAGGACUAAAGAAGGAAGCGAAUGGCACAAGUGAAGUUUGAACCUGUUCUUGUGUGCUGAAUGGAAGUUAAGCCUAGGUUGCUUAAGGUGACACCAGCUGUGAAAUCACACAAAGUUUUUAAAAUUUUUGUCCUGUGUUGUGCCAUGUAUAUCUUUGUUACAGAAGAGAAACAAGUCUAGUUUCUUAUAUAGUGCAGGGACACAGUGCAGUACCUAUUUGCAUUCCAAAGGUCCUGCAAUGUAUUUCUUCAGAUAUUUCCCAUUUCCUAGAGGAGCUGACUAAGGGUAUAAUUGACCCCCCCUCCCCCAAUUUUAUUCCCUGUACUACAGCUCUACUCAGAGAAGAGGCCAUCAGAGAAGAGUCAAUGCAGAGCCCUUGCAGCAGCUUGAAUGGGCUUUGCAUUGAGUACUGUGGUGGCUGGAUCUUCUCACCAUGUUGUCAAAACUCUUGACUGUCUUUGACUUCAGCGUCAGAAUUAUCCCAGGGAUUUGGUGCUGCAUUCCACUGGAAGCUGCACUGUGACUUGCACCUCUGUUGCAUUGAAAUGUAAAAUGGACCUUACACUCAAAUACAACAUGAGAGAGCUGCCUGAACAGAGGGAAGGCAGUAGAUGCCUGUGGGUGAAGUGGCAGCAAGGCAGCCUGCACUUGUAGGCAGAGCAUGCUAGGAAGGAUCUAACCUGUGGUUGCUCCUCAUGGCUUGACCAGGGACUUUCUCAGGGACCUCUGUAUUUAGCAAAAUGCCUCAAGAAAGGUGGUGUUAGGCCCAAGGCUGACAUGCUGUAGGAAUCCUUCUUCCAGGUCCUUUGGCUGUGCAGGGCAGAAACUUAGUCUUAAAGGGCUUAAACUUUGAGCAGCAUACUAACAGUGUAAAUUCUUUACAAAAUCUUCCCUAGGAGGUUACACAGAAUGUAUUACCCAGUGUCUGAGUGCCUUCCUGUUUUUAGCAUGCUUUCUCUUUACAACACCCUGGUGAGGCAGUAAGUGUUGUUAGUAUUAGUUAAUUUUACAAAUGAAGAACUGAAGCACAGAGGAGGUAUGGGCAUCAUUGCACCAGUGAGUAAACCUGAGGCACAGCUGGCAAGGGAUCCACUGCCCUGAGUUGGGCUUCUCAGCCAGCUACGUGAAGGAAAACGUCACCGGCUGAGGAGGGGAGCUGGAAGCCUGUCUGCUGAGCACAGCACCUCCUGCUAGAAUCACAGAAUGGUUUGAGUUGGAAGGGACCUUAAACAUGAUCUAGUUCCAACCCUCUGCCAUGGGCGGGGACACCUCCCACUAGACCAAGUUGCUCCAAGCCCCAUCCAACCUGCCCUUGAACACUUCCAGGGAUGGGGCAUCCACAGCUUCUCUGGACAACCUGUGCCAGUUCCACCACCCUCACAGUGAAGAAACCAGAAAAUACCACGGAUAGUUGUGCAUUAAACCACAGCCACUGUGGUGAGACCUGCUGACUUUGUGCUUCAUAAUGCUCAGGACUAAUGAUUUUAAAUGGUGUCUUACAGCUACAAUCUUGGCCCAUAUAUUUUUAUCUUGGUUAAGUUGCAUCCAUCCCAGAGGAAUCCAAGCACAGUUAUCCCCACCUUCUUUGAGCUGGGUUAGGCACCUUCCUGGUGCUAGCACAGCAAUACCUGGUGGCCUCUUGCCAUCCUGUUGCUUGUCUCCCCAGGUCAGUCAUGCAGAGCUGGAGCUGAGGCCACGUAUGAACCUCAUACCCAGGGGUGAUAAUUUUGAGCUAGGAAGAUCUGGACUCUGGUAGCAAACACUGAUGUCUUUUAUAAGAAGCAGCUGUUGCCCAAGAGCAGUGGAUGCUGAGCUAGGCAUCAUGCUGUUGAAUCAUCAGCUUUUUGUGGAUUUAGCUUCAAGUGACUGGAUAAAAACAAGGACUUUUGAGGCAUCUUACACAAAUCUGAAGCUAACACCAGUCCAAGGGCUAGAUUUCCUCUUUCUUUGCUUCAGUGGCACCCUUAUGUGAUCAGAUAAAGGUUUUUUUUCAUGACUUUGUCACUGAAGAACUGCAUUUAAUUAUCACUUGUGUACACACUAUGAAAAAUGGCUUGUAAAAGUACCUCCAUAAAUACGCUAUACUCUUAAAUUUAGAUCACUUGUAUCUUGCAUAUAACCUUUUCUGUGAAAUCUUUUAUUCCACUAAAGAAUUAUAAUCUUUGACUUCAGUAGAACUUAAAAUUUAUCCUUAUGCAGUAUUUUACAUUUGCUCUGAAAAACAAAACCUAUACAAUAUACUUAGGAUUUUGUUGCUGUGUUUUUAAAAUUCUUUCUUUCUGUCGAAUAUGGUAUUUCAGUGAAAAAGUCAUUGAUAGAAGGUCCUGAACAUUUUCCAAUAUGCUUUCUGGAAGCUUUAAUAUACUUAAUAAAACUCUUUUAAAAAAAGGAAA